AGCAAAUCAGCUCCUCGGAGCUCUCCUCGAUCUGUUCGCUCCAUACUGGUAGUCCUCACUCUUGCACUCUUGUAGGCUGGUGCUCUACACUGUACAGUACUGUGCUAAUGAAGUCAGCUUGAGCUCCUCAUCGAUCAUCUGAAUCAGUCCCUCAUUUUCUCCCGGAUUCCUUUACGAAAGAGUGGAGAUGUCACAAUCUACACUGGGUACGGAAGGUGAUGAUGAUUCCACCAUAGCCUAUUAUUAUGUUCCUGUAAUUGUGCUGGGGACAAUCACAUCAACUCUAUCCAUAUUAGGCUCUGGCUGCAUUGUUUACAUGUCUUCCAGACCCAACCAAUUGAAGCAUAUCAAACAACGGCUGCUUCUGGCUCUCAGCAUCUCAGAUAUGGUGUCAUCUGCUUUCUGGAUGUUGAUGCCAUAUUUGGCUCCCAAGUGGGUUGGGACUCCUGGAGCAGUGGGGAAUCAUGCCUCCUGCACAACAGGUGGCUUCUUCAUCUUGGUAUUCAUCAAGGUGUCAUCGUUCUACAAUGCUUAUCUGAGCAUCUAUUUCCUCUUGAUUGUCUGCCGAAAUUGGAAGGAGCAUGACUUUCGGAAACCGUUGGAAAUUGGGGCACAUGUGCUCGCCACAACGUUGCCAUUGGCUGUUGACAUUUCAGCUGCAGCAACUCAAUCCAUCAAUCCAACUCCUUUUUUUGCAAACUUAUGUAUGUAUGGCCCUUAUCCUCUUGGAUGUGUCGAGGAAGAUGAAUGCGAGAGGUCAUCCAAGGCUACAUCGCUCAUCUUUGUGGCAGCUUCCGUUCCACUCUUUUGGAUCUGGACCAUUGUGGGGCUCAUCUGUACUGCCAUUGUAUGGCGGACUGCACGAAAGACAUUUCGACGAAACAGUCAAUACAAUUUUGAACAAUCCAUUCGACAUUCCAUUGGACAAUCCAUUCGACAAUCUAGCAGCCGGACCAGUAUUGCCAGGAGUUCUGAAAGCAACAAUGAUAAAAUGGUCCGAGAAAUGGGGACUCAGGCAGCACUUUAUGAAAUGGCAUAUUUGAAUUCUUGUAUCUGGCCAUUGCUUAUGAUGAUCUUAUUUGGAUCCAUUUCAGAUGCGGAGCUUGCAGAGAGGAACUUGCAGCCAGGUUUCUACAUUUUGAAAUUAUUGACCAUGCUUUUCUAUCCUUCUCAGGGUGCUUGGAAUUUCUUUGUCUACACACGACCAAGAGUCAUUCACUGGAAAAAGGCACAGCCAGAAUACUCUACACUACAAAUCUACAGGGCAGUCCUCUCCGGCAAGGCACCGCCUAGGAGCCGAUCAGGGAGAUUUUCAAAUACUGGUGACCAGACUGUUGAUCCUUGUCAACCUACGAAUCGAAAUGGGGAAGAGACGACGGCAGAAGAUGACGAAAAGACCAAUAGAGUAGUGGAGACUCGCUCGACAAUCUGCUCCCAUUGAUUGACACUCCUGUGAAAUGGAGGGUCGGCAACAGUCGGAAGGUCCUCUCCGUUUGGUCUAGCUAGCAUGACAUGCAGCAUGGCGGCAGUGCGUCCAUCGGUUUUGCAUGCUUGAAGAGGACUCGUUGGAUAACUUGGGCUAUCGAAUCAAAUCGACAAUCAGCUCGGGCUCCCGCUUGGAUUCUCCCAAUCAAGGGUGGGCUUGGAAUUUCCGAAAGAAGCCAGUGAGCAUUCUCGGAGAAGGAGCAUUCUCAGAGAAGGAGCGCAGAGUCUACUGCAGCAACUGUCACAGCAGUCUUCACUUCACGAUGGGGGAGAGGCAAGCGAGCAUGAAAGUUAUUUCUGUGGCAUUCCGUAGACUAGAAUGUUAUCUACCGUAUGCACGAUCAGAAGGGCCCACAGUUGAGUUGUCAACCUUGUUCUCAUGAGCAGAACACGUCGUAGCGAACAACAGGGGGCGGGACAAGCAUGCUUCAGCAAUCCUUCCUUGCUUUCAGGAGCUCCUGUGGAUCCUUGGAAGAGAACGGUAGAUGCCGUCAGAGAGGCUUGGCUCUGACGGCUUGGUGGCAGCCCGUCGUAAAAGCUUGAGCUCUUGCUCCUAAUAAAUAAGACACCUUCAUCACGAUCCC